UCAGACAGUGUUCAAGAUGUACCGAACCGUGGGAAUUGUGCUGAUAGUAACCAUCGCGCUCGGCGUUGCGCACCCAUCGUUAAGUGAUGAAUACGACAACGACAAAGUACAGCAUCCUCGAUUGCCAGAUGACUACGACAGUGACAAACGGCAUCAUCCUCGAUUGCCGGAUGAAAACAAACCGGGCCUUCCCAAGAGCAAAAAUGCCGAACAGGAGCAAACGAUCGAAUAUUGGCGUAAUCAGGCAAAGGCAACAGUCGAAAAGUUGCUAGCAAAGAAGGAAAACACCAACGUUGCGAAGAAUGUGAUCAUGUUCCUUGGGGACGGGAUGUCCAUCUCCACCGUGGCGAUGGCGCGAGUCUAUGCGGGCGGUGAAGAGAAACCACUCUCCUUCGAAGAGUUCCCGUUCAUUGGCAUGUCGAAGACGUACUGCGUGAACUAUCAGGUGGCCGAUUCGGCCUGCACAGCCACCGCCUAUCUGACCGGUGUGAAGGGCAAUUACGAAACGAUCGGUGUGAAUGCGCACGUGCCGGUGCGUGACUGCAAUGCGGCCCGGAACCGUACCACGCACACGUCCUCGAUUGGGCAGUGGGCGAUGGAUGCGGGCAAGGACGCGGGCAUCGUGACGACGACCCGUGUCACGCAUGCUUCCCCGUCCGGCAUGUACGCACACAUUGCGUUCCGCGAUUGGGAGGACGACUAUUGGGUCCAGAUGGACGGCUGCAGCCCGAACGAGGUGGACGACAUUGCGGAGCAGCUGGUGUACGGUGAGACGGCACCACGGUUGAGGGUUAUUUUAGGCGGUGGGCGUCGUGAGUUUAUGGACCGGGAGAUUCACCAGGACUACGAGACGGGUCGGGGUGGGUAUCGCUCGGACGGUAGACAUUUGAUCAAUGAGUGGUUGAAGAAUGGACCCGUUGGGCAGAACCGUACGUUUGUGUGGAAACGAUCGGACCUGAUGGCGGUGGAUCCGCACCGAACGGACCGAUUGCUGGGAAUGUUUGAGCCUAGCCAUUGUGUGUACAAUCUGGACCGCGUGCACAAGAAUCUUGACGAGGAACCGACGCUGUCCGAGAUGGUGGAUAAGGCGACGGACAUACUUAGCACAAAUCCAGAUGGGUUCUUCCUGUUUGUCGAGGGAGGGCGUAUCGAUCAUGGACAUCACGACAAUCAGGCCCGGUAUGCGAUCGACGAAACGGUGGAGUUUGCGAAAGCGAUCGAGCUGGCGCGGAAGAAGUUCAGCGAAGAAGAUACGCUGAUUGUGGUCACAUCGGACCAUUCGCACAGUGUCAGCUUUUCGGGUUAUCCGAGCCGAGGACAGGAUAUUUUCGGCCCGGCAGGCACCGGAAAGGAUGGCAUACCGUACAUGACGAUCAGCUACGCCAAUGGGCUUGGGUUCUACAAACACGUGGACGAAGCGAAGGGAACCCGUGCGAAUGUGCGUGAAAUGGAAGAUGCCGGCGCGGAUGACUUCCGAUUCCCGGCCAUGCUGCCGGUUGAGCUGGAAACGCACGGUGGUGAAGAUGUGGCUGUCUAUGCUUCGGGACCUUGGGCGCAUCUAUUCACCGGGUCGUACGAGCAGAACGUCAUACCGCACAUGAUGGCGUACGCCGCCUGCAUCGGCAAUGGGUUAAAAGCAUGUCCGGAGAAUUAGGAUCGUUACUUAAUAAAGUAUUGUAGUAUGUAAAUUGGA